UGUCGCGUUGAUAAGAACGUCGUGGAAAGCGAAAGUCCCACUAACAGAAAUAGCACCCAUAAACCAGCAGCAAAAACAGCUGAUUGAGAGAACUCAUUUCAAUAAUAAUCAUUUAUUUUAAACAUGUAUACAAAAAGUGCAAGUUGACCAUAAAAGAGGUGGAAAUAUAGCCAAAAUGCAGCGUCCCUCGUCGAAUAUCUCCAGCAGCAUCAUGAACCGCAUGUCCGUCUUUGAAAAUACGGCAUUCAGGCAGAGUCCGGCAGAGGUUGAGAACGCAACUGGAACGACCAUGAUGUCCAUGACCAGCUCCCCACCGGCCACGCCCACCGGUGUUCAGACGGACCAAGAUGGCCUCAUCCUGCCCAAGAAGCUCAUUAAUCCCUGCAUGGAAAAUACCGAUCGCAAGGAGUUGCAUCGAGAGCUCAAGUUUAAUGCCAGAAUUGGGAAGAGCGUGCUUAACCAAAAGUCGGAACUGCAACGGGCCUACGACAAGCAAAAGGAGCGACAUGCGGCCGCCGAGCAGCACUCACCGGAUACGGAAAUAGUUGGGGGCAUUCCGGGCCUUAAAGGAGAGCUCGGUCGUGUGAUUAUGGAGCGGGCGCAAAAGCAUGAGGCGGCGGCCCAGAAGCAGGAUCAGGAGGAUGCCGAGGAGCGGCAGUAUGUGAAUCCCGAGUAUCUGAACGUACGGGCCAAGCUGCGCACGGCACAUGCCAAUAAUUAGGAAGCUAUAGCUAUAGCUCCUCGGAUACCUGGAUGGAUGAUGCCCCAGUCCCUCAGCUUGAUUAAUGUUAAAUGUUUAAUUUUAUUAAGAAGACCUAAAACCAAAUUAUGUGUGCGUGGAGGUGGAGCUAUAUGUGUUUUAUGUGUUAAUAACUCGUGAGCGGUUUUCAUUUUGAUAUUAUGCAAAACUAGUUGGUUAUUAUAGUUUAACGUUUAACUUCUAGACUAAGCCAUUUUACCUGUUUAGUUCGUUAGUUCUAGUUACUAAUCUAAGUUACAGUUUAAUUAAUUUUUCUGUUGUGUAAAAAAGCAAAAAACAAACCAUGUGUAUAAAGUUUUAAUUUCUAAACGGCGGACCCCCGUUCUUCCACAAACAAAACAAAGAGAAACGAAACAUUAAGGAAUAUUAUGAAUCUAGUGUAGUUAUCUAUAUGUAUAUCCCUAAAAUAGAGUGACCGAGAUAUAAUGCUGUAAACAGGGCAAUGUGUUAGAGAGUAAGACAGAGAGACAGACAGACAGAACAUGGAAGAAAGAUAUUGGAUCUAUAUAUAUAUAUAUUGAAAACAACUAUUUUAUGUCAAAGCAAAGAAAUUUGAACAGAUUACAGAACUAUAUACAACAUAUAUCUAUAUACAAAUUUAGUUUCUGGAAUUAAUAAAUUUUAUUGUAGGCAAAGAGUUAUCGAAACCGAA